CGAACUGGCUGAGGGCCCCAGGGAUGCUGCGGCUCCUCUGCAUGUGUCUGCUGUGGUUCGGGCUCCUGCCGGGACGGUUCUCCUGUGAGCAGAGCGACAGCAGCAGAGCCAGGAAGCUGUGCGGAAGGCACCUGCUGGAAGGAAUAGUAAAACUCUGUGGCAAUGCAGACUGGAGCCACUUGGAGGAGAAUACCCCUUUCACACAGCUGCUUUCCCAGGCCGCCGAGAAGGUUGAAAGCUUCAUACCCGACCGGUUAGAAAGCUCCCAAACCACUUUCCCGGUCUGGGGGAGAGGCACGAACGCAGUGUCUACUUCUGCCUCUCAGGAAGAAGCAAUAAACAGUUUGGAGAUGUCGUCACUGCCUGAGUAUAAGAAGGCCAACUUGCUACCUAAUGAGACAAGAGAAGUUUCCUUAUCACGUGGUAUCAAUUCAUAUAUUCAUAAGAUUGUAGAAUUUCAGAAGAAAAAUACAAACAAAGUUCAAACAUUAAGCAAAUUGUUUUGGGGGAAUCAUCCCCAAAGAAUACGCAGAGGGUACUCAGAAAAGUGUUGUCUUAAAGGAUGUACAAAAGAAGAACUUAAUAUUGCAUGCCUUCCAUAUAUUGAUUAUAAAAACUUAAAGAAAGAAGAAGCAUCAGCUGUGACUGAGACAUACUAACCAUCAUAGGAAUUACACUAACUAAAUAAAAAUUUAAUGUUUAUUUUACUUUUUACUUAUUUAUUUUUUGGUAAUUGUCCUUGUAGCUUCUCUGUUGUGAACAACACCUGAAUGUACAUGCAAGUGCUUGACAAUAUUGGAUGGUGCUAAUAGGAAUCUUAGUAUUUUCCUUGUUGACCCUGAUUUUUCAUAAUUUUUAUAUUUGAAGAUGUUACUGGAGAUGGCAUGAUCUAUGUUGACAUCUAAGAAUUUGAUGUCACCUACUCAUCCUUGUCAUGGUGGUUGAAACUCUCUUAAGUUGCAUUUAAAAGGAUUGUCGAAUGUUCUGCAUUCUAUCUGUGUGACAUAUAGACUAAUGUCCAUGACUGUUAGGCUCACUCCAGAUGCCAAUCCAUCUGCACCACCAACUUAAAAAUAAGGGGAUAAAUAUAUGGUGAU